AGAAAGAAGAAGAGCCGGUGUCUACUAAAGUGGUAAAACUAACUUCUCGGGAAAGACGGUUCCUCAAGUUUGCCUCAGUCAAGUACGAUGGUCAAAUUUAUAUGACUCCCAAGGACUUCUUGGAAUCCUUCAUCCAUGAGGAACCUAUCCCUGUUAGGGAGAGACGGGAUCUGCCAAUAAAGGAACUGGAAGGAAUACGCAAAUCCACUCCACCCCUCACCUCUGGCUCUUCACAUCUCUUCAGAAAUCUCCAAGACAAGGGAAUCAUCUCCUAUACAGAGUAUUUGUUUCUUAUAUCAAUAUUAACUAAGCCUCUUUCUGGAUUCAGGAUUGCCUUCAACAUGUUCGAUACAGAUGGCAAUGAAAGAGUUGAUAAGAAUGAGUUUCUCGUGCUUCAGCGUAUAUUUGGUAAGCGGCGUAUAGAUGAUGAAGAAGAAAAAUUAUUUAUGGAGAAAAUCUUUAGCCAUGCUUGGAAAGACAAGCGAGGUCUCGGUGUUGCUGGAAACAUGCUCCAAGUGGAGGGAUCCGCCACAGCUGACUAUAUUGACGAUGAGCAAGGGUUGCAGCGAAGGCAUAAUGUGGACACUACACUCGCUGUCCAUUUUUUCGGUCUUAAAGGAAACCAGGAUCUGAAAUAUGAAGGAUUCCGAAAGUUUAUGGAUGAUUUGCAGACUGAAGUAUUAGAAAUUGAGUUCCAAGAAUACGCAAAAGGCAAGAAUACUAUCAGUGAAUUGGACUUUGCCAAGAUAUUGCUCAGAUAUACUCACCUCUCAGCUGAGGUCCAUGAGCAAUAUUUGGAGCGUCUUCUUACUCGUGUCAAAGAUUCAAUGAAAGGAAUCACUUUUGAGGAGUUCAAAGUAUUCUGUCAGUUCUUAAAUAACUUGGAAGACUUCACUAUUGCUAUGAGAAUGUAUACACUUGCUGAUCAUCCAAUAUCUAAAGCUGAUAUUGACAAAAUUAACACAGCGUCAAUGGGAGAUCUCAAGAGCAAUACCUACGGAUAUUUGAACCUCGCCUGGUCCAUUUGCAGCUUGCUAGUUUGCGCUUUGUACAAUCCCUAUCAGAGCUGCAAGUAUUGCAGGAGUGGCAAGCCACCUGGCCAUGUCAUGCUUCCAUUCAGCUUUGGAGUGGCAUUGUUAUCGCAACACGUCAUAUCACUGUCGCUGGCCAAGUUCCCAUUCUUGCCAUGCCUUGUUGUCCAGGUAAGUGUCACUUCUAAUUAA